AUGCCGAGUGAACAAGGUACGGAACUCAACCUCAACGAGCUAGUAGGCAAUCUACUAGCCGAAACUGAGGGUAUUCCAUCCUUAGAGGAAACUCAUACAACCGAUGACCAUGAUAAUUUGAAACAAGAUGGCUCUGAUAAUAAGGAGAUUAAUAAUAAUGAUAAUGUCGAUCAUAAUAACAAUGAUAUAGGAAACGAUGACAUUUUGCCCGAUCUUUUGCCUAUGUCUCAACUUCCGCCUAUGUCUCAACUUCCGCCCGUUGAACACACAUCUGACCACGACCUUGCAAGCAUGGUUUCUCAGGCGAUACAUAGUAUGAAUGACAAUGCUGACAAUAUACAUGAUAAUGGAGAUCUCGAAGGAGAAAAUGACACAGAUUUACAUAGUAAGGAACAGGAAUGGGCAAAUAUUUUACGACAAGGAAUUCUUCAAGCUGAUCAAGAAAUGCAAGAACAUCAACAAGCACAACAUGAACAACAUAACACUUCUGAAUAUCAAGAAUCUGCCGCACAACCAACGGAUGAUCAAGUGCUAGACCAAGAUGACGAGAAUCUACGACUUGCUAUUUUGGACUCUUUGCAACACCUAGAACAAGAGAAGAAGACAAAGAAGCACUCUAAGAAGGACAAAAAGUCAAAGGAGAAGAAGAAGUCUAGUAAGAAGACCGAAAAGGAAAAAGACAAGUCGAAAGAGAAGGAAAAGAGUAAAAAGAAGGAAAAAAAGUCAAAAGGUAAGAAAAGUGCUACCGCUAAUGAUAGUGACAUUCUAAACUUUGAAGAUGUUAUAAAAGGUUUUAUGGAACAGACAGAAUCAGUUCAACCUCCUGCCGUAACUCAAGUGGAGAAUAAUGCCCCUAUGGGAGAUGCAGAAACUCAAGCUUUAGUUGAAGCUACAUUAAAGGCAUUCGAGAAUCAAUUAUUGGGCAACUCAGCUUCCACGAAACCAAAAACGACGGUGAAGAAAACACAAAAAACCAGUAGUCAUAAAUUUACCAAGUCAUUACCACCUCCACUUCCGAUGCCCUUCUUCCCAAUUACACAGAAGCGAAAGGUCAAACCAAAAUCUGCCAAGAAGGCUUCAAAGGAAAAACAUGACAAGGAACCAAAGGCAGAAGACACGUCGACAAAGAAGAAGAAGGCCAGCAAAAAGAAAUCCAGUCCAAAGGAUGACUACAAUGAAGAUGAGUUUUCCAAAGCUUUGGCGGAAAUGGUUAAUCAAGUUGUCAAUACUUCGUUGGUAGAUAGCGCACAACCGUCACAAACACAAACAACUGACGUUUCAAAAACAGCAAAGACUUCUAAGAAAAAGAGCAAACAAAAGUCCAAGGAUAAAAAGACUGAAAGUUCAAGUGAAAAGGCUAAGAGCAAAGAAAGUAAAAGUUCUUCUAAGAAGGAAUCUUCACCUAAGAAGAAGCAGGAUACGAAAGUAAUACCGUUAGAUCCGGAACUUUUCAAAGAAAGUGUUCCUCACGUUGAUACCAAUAAUGAAUCAUCAAAAGACACAACGGAUGUGUCUAACCUAAACAACGACGAUACCCUUGAUCUACAUCAAAUCAUGCAAAAUGCAAUGUCAAUGGCUUUUCAAGAACAAGUCCAAAAUCCUUUGCCUUCCUCAGUUAUGGAAAGAUUUGACAAAGAACUCGCGGCAAAUCAAUAUUUAGAACCAUUAUCACGAAAAUCUGUGACUGAUAGGUCCGUUAUUCGAUCAAGAUAUGUUCCUCCUAAAAAGAAGAAGAAAGAAAAGAAGAAAGGAGAACUCAAAUUCAAUAAUAUUCAUGGCGGUCUUACAUCAACAAAGUUCAAUUUAUCGAAAAAACACGCUAUUGGAUCUAAGAUAGUUUUAUUUAAGCCACAGAAGAUAAAGCAAGAGCUUGAGAGUAAUUCUCCUAAAACUGAAAAAGAUAGAUGGAGAAAGAAGUUCAGCAGAAUUUGUAAGGAAUGUGCGAAGAAGGGUAAGAAAUGGAGUAUAGAGAGACGCAAGAAACUCAAAGAUGAAGAGAAAGCCGAGAGGAAUAGGCUCAAGCUUCAACGGAAAGAACUCAAAGAGGAACAAAAGGCCAAAAGAGAGUUGGAAAAGAAAGAACUUGAGGAAAUUGUCGCCAAGGGUCCUCCAUACCCAGAGGAUCUAUGUCUAACUAGUUCUGGUCGUCCUAGAAAGCCUUAUAGGAGAUACACUCCGGAAGAAAUGAUGCAACGUGCUGCAAUGAGUUCCGAAGAAUUAAUUGCAUUUGAUAGAUCAAAUGAUGACAUUGCACAAGAAAAGAGAGAACAACAAAAAAAUAAUUCUGUAAUGAAACUGAAGCAGUUGACUUUGUUCAAUCCUAAUUUGGCUUACUCUGGCCAGAGGUUGAAUGACUUGAAGUCUUCAAUCAAAAAGGUCAGAAAAUCUUCCUCCGGAACGAUUUCCAGCCAGAAAAAAUCCAAGCGGCGCCAUGCUUCUGUAUUUGAUCCAACAGCUAAAACAGUUGUUCACAGGGAGAAAAUACCUUUCCAUCCUCCUUGGCAGAUACCUGUAAAUCCUCCUUUUGCUUUGCCGGUCGCAAGAAGGAAAAAACAUCAUAGCUUGGAGAAGAUGUCCAGACGGAAAAGGGCACUGUAUCAAAGAACUUUAAUAUCUAACACUUUAUUACCGAUCCUCCACACCUUACGAGCAGCAGCAAAGGCAACUGCUUCCGCGGGUGUAGAUCCUGAAAGAAGUAGGGAACAUUUGAGAUCAAUGUUGUAUCAAGCAAGAUUAACAAUAGCAGAUACUCUUCAAAAAGCACGGUCCGCUAACAAGACAGCUGAAACACCUGAAGAAGCUAAGGAAAAUAAUGAUAAACUGGCUGAAAAGCCCAAUAUACCAAUACCAAUCAUGAGAGCGACGCUGAAAGUUAAAAAGGAAGAGCCUGUGACAAAUCUUUUCAAUUCCAACAGUGAUUUGUCCGAAAAAUCAACCAAGGAAUUAAAAUCUGAUGAUGUUCAGAUAAUCAGUGAGUCUGAUGACACUUCUACAACUAAGGCAAGAAAAAUAGACGAAAAAGAUUCUUUGAAGAUUGGGUCCAAGCGAACAUUAAAUGAUGCUGCGGAUGACUCUGAUAUCAGACAAAAUGUCACAGAAGUCAUCAAUAAACUUUCAACUUUAAUACCUUCAUUAAGCAAAGCAAAUUCAUUACCUCUUAUGGCGCCUCCUAAGAAAAAACCGAAAUCAAUGUUAAACAUGGAUGAGGUUAAGAUUCCAUUAAACAAACCUAAGAGUUCUUCAACACCCAAUUCAACUAGUAUUACAAACUCUGGUGCUCCUCGGCCUAUACCAAUAGUGAAAAUGGAAGAAAACACAAACAAUGACUCCAGCUUGUUAAGCGAAGAUUCUGAGGGAAUGAUACCAUCAACGAUAAAUAGUGACCAACCAAAAAACGAAGAUACUAAGGUACGGUUUAAAUCACCAGCAAUGCAAGUACCUAAGAAGACUGCAGACCUUUUCAAUAAGUACAGCUUUUCACUACCUACUACAAAUGCAGUUGGUAAAACUGUGAAAUCUAUACAGGUGAUGAAACGGGUUAAAGACUAUCUUCCAGCAGAAGACAUCACAAGGUUAAAGAAAGUCAAGGAGACUUAUAGAAAAAGAAAGUGGAGACUUGCAAAUUCAGAUAAGAAUAAAGAUUUGGAACUAAGAACUAGAAUAAAAAUGGCUGCUCGAAAGCAGUUUGGAGACUCAGACAGUGAGGAAAAGCAGAAGUGGAUUGCAAAAGAAUAUGAAAUUCGUAAGGUAAAACUAGAGUUAGACCCAACUACAAAAUCCAAUUCAGCAGUGAUGGUGACUGAUGAAGAAAUAUUAAAUAUCAUUGCGGUGUCUCUCGACAAACUAGAUGUAGCCAGAACCAUUGAACACGAUAUUCAAGAGGAGGUAAAAAAUAACGGUGUGCUACAAAGGAAAAAGCCGUCAAAGAAACCUAAUACUAAAAUCCAAACCUCCAUCAACGAUUCUGUCAAGCUUCCAAUUAUUCCCAUGGCUCAAAAGAAUACUACUGCUUCAUCUACACAUAUUGACAAGUCUAUAACGUCUGCUUCUCUUGUAGCCGCGGAACACCUAGCCGAACAUGUCUCAGAACAGGUACCUGAGAAUAGAAUUGAUCCCAGUUUGGCCGCUAAACGUCCGAGAGAAGACGAGGAAUCCGAGACGAGUCUAAACAAAGAAACCUUACCAUCACCAAAGAAAGCAUGCAUGAACAUUUAG